AUGGGGUGUGCACAAUCAAAAAUAGACAAUGAAGAAUCAGUUUCAAGAUGCAAAGAAAGAAGGAAUCUGAUGAAAGAGGCUGUUUCUGUGAGAAAUGCAUUUGCUUCGGCUCAGUCGGGCUACGCCGUAUCCCUCAAAAACACCGGCGCCGCUUUGAGCGAUUACGGUGCCGGAGAGGUACCUCCGCCGCCACCAGCCAUGGCUGUGGGCCCCGGAGAACCAUCUGUUGCGGAGCGACCCCCUCCACCGCCGCCGCAUUCUAUGGUGGAGUCCAGUCUGCCUCCUCCUCCGCCUCCACUCCCGAGAUUUUCCCCCCUCCCCCCCAUCCAGCGUUCUAUGACCAUGCCUGCGGUGCUAUCUCACUCGGAGAAUAUGAAGAGAAAAAUGAAGGGUAUUGCUAUUGACGAGAGUGAUGAAGAAGAAGAGGAGGAAGAAGAGAAAGGAGGGCUUAAUAGGAAGAAAAAAGGGGUUGAGGAGGUGGGCCCUGAAACCCCGAUAAGAACCCCUAAUCCACCCCCGCCACCGGGCGUGGCGUGGGAUUAUUUUUUCAUGGGGAACAAUAUUCCUGGGCAGUCGUUGGACGAGGUAGAGGAAGAAGAGGACGAUGAGCAUUAUAUGGAAGGACAAGGCCAUGAAAAUGGGAAUUUCAACAAUGUAGGUGACAAUAACAUGGAGUUCAAGACGCCAGAGAAAAAUGUAGGAUUCCCGGGGGCAGAGGAGUUCAAAACGCCUGGGGAGACGCCGGUGACUGAGGAGAAGGAGAAGCAAUUCGUGCAUUCGAACACAGCACCACCUGGGAUGAGUGGAGGAGGGAUUGGUGGUGGUGGGAACAUGGUUGGACAGAGUAGUAGUAACGUGGAUUUGUCAAAGAUUUUGGGUGAGAUUGAUGAUCAUUUUCUUAAGGCUUCCCAAAGUGCACAAGAGGUGUCGAAGAUGCUGGAGGCAACCCGGUUGCAUUACCAUUCAAAUUUUGCGGAUAAUCGAGGACACAUUGACCAUGCAGCGAGGGUCAUGCAAGUUAUUACAUGGAACAAGUCUUUCAAAGGUGCACCAAAUGGUGAUGGCACAAAGGAUAACUUGGAUGCAGAUGAUUAUGAGACGCAUGCCACUGUUUUGGAUAAGUUGCUAGCAUGGGAGAAAAAGCUAUAUGAAGAAGUGAAGGCCGGUGAGCUUAUGAAACUUGAGUAUCAGAGGAAAGUUUCGGCGUUGAACAAGCUGAAAAAACGCAAUGCUAGUCCUGAGCAGUUGGAGAAAGCAAAAGCUGCUGUUAGUCAUUUACAUACACGGUAUAUAGUUGACUGGCAAUCUUUGGAUUCAACUGUAAUAGAAGUGAAUGAUAUACGUGACAAGCAGUUGUAUCCAAAACUUGUUGCUCUUGUUCACGGUGAGGCUUUGGGUGUUGCUGUCGUCAAAAGAAAUGAUGAAGAAGAUAAUGAAGAAAAUUGGGGGAGACGAGAAUUUAGCGCCUGGAGUGAAAGAGAAACUCAAGAAUGUGCGCCUGAUAGCAAGGUCGUCAUGGGCCGGGCUCAUCGUGGGCUUUACGCAGGCCGCCACAUUCAGUUCGGCAACAGCGUCAGUGAAGACGGCGGCAACAAGACGAGGAGGAAUUGGAAGCCUAAUGUGCAGGAGAAACGACUCUUCAGCUACAUUCUUGAUCGCCACGUUCGUGUUAAGGCAACCACCCAUGCUUUCCAGUGCAUAGAUAAGGCAGGUGGGAUUGACGAGUACUUGCUGAAAACUCCGUACUACAAGAUGGACACUGAGAUGGGCCUCUUCUGGAAAGCAAAAAUUGAGAAGAUGUAUGAAAAACUUGGAGAGAUGGAAGUAGUUUUCUUCACACCUGAAGAUGAGGAUCGUUUAGAAGAGCAAUUUAGAGAAAUCAAAUUAGCUGAGCGAGCAGCAUGUAGGGAUGCCCGGAGAAAAAUGUAUGGUUGGUCCGGUAGAAAAGACGGUGUAGCAGAUGCUGAAGGAGCACAUGAAGAAACUUCUGGCAGCGAAGAAGGAAGCCUGCGUGCUGACAUUCAUGAGCAGAUGGUCGCUAAUGCUUGA